UCAGAGGAGGAGCUGAGUACCUCCUCCACCCUCCCUCCCUGAGAGGAGGACGAAGGUAAAGUAAAGUUGGUGUGAGUGACGCAGAGCUGCAGUCCAGACGAGUCUCUGUUUCUCUCUAAAGAAACAACUGAAUCCAGCAGCUUUUCAUCAACAACACAACAGGAUCUCUGACAAACUCUGAGUGUCGAUAUGUCUGCUGCCAGCCGUCUGCUGACUGAAGAUCAGUUCCUGUGCUCCAUCUGUCUGGCCGUGUUCACUCAUCCAGUCACCAUACCAUGUGGACACAACUUCUGUAAAGCCUGCAUCACUGACCACUGGAACGUUAAUGCCCCGCCUAACUGUCCCAACUGUAACCAGGGUUUUAACACCAGACCUGAGCUGCAGGUCAACACGUUCAUCUCUGAGAUGGCUGCUCAGUUCAGACUGUCAGCUCAACAGAAAGCCAGCAGCAGCAGCUCAGAGCAACAAGCUGCCCAACCAGGAGAAGUUCCCUGUGACGUCUGCACUGGAACCAAAGUGAAGGCCCUCAAGAAACAUCAGCUGAUGGACCCUGUGGAGAACCUGGAAGGCAGGAUGUGUACGAAGCACGAUAAACUGCUGGAGCUGUUCUGUAAGACCGACCAGAUGUGUGUCUGCAUGCUCUGCACUGUUUUAGACCACAAGAACCAUGAUGUUGUUCCUCUGAGAGAAGAAUAUGAAGGAAAGAAGGCCGAGCUGGGGAAGACUGAGGCUGAAGUCCAGCAGAUGAUCCAGAAGAGACGACUGAAGAUUCAGGAGAUCAAACACUCAGUGGAGCUCAGUGAGGAAGAAGCAGACAGAGAGGUAGCAGAAGGUGUCCUGGUCUUCAGCGCUCUGAAGGAGUCUGUUGAGAGAAGCCAGGCGGAGCUCAUCGACACCAUCAAAAAGAAGCAGAGAAAGACACAGAAACAGGCUGAAGGCUUCAUCAAAGAGCUGGAACAGGAGAUCUCUGAGCUGAAGAAGAGAAGCACUGAGGUGGAGCAGCUCUCACGCUCUGAAGACCACCUCCACCUCCUCCAGAGCUUCAGGACGCUGAACACUGCUCCACCCACCAAGGACUGGACAGGAGUCAGAGUCAGUGCACCUUCAUAUGAGGGGACUGUGGUGAGAGCUGUGCAUCAGCUAGACAAGAAGCUCAGUAAACAGAUGAAGAAGCUGCUGGAGGUCGAGCUGAAGAGAGUCCAGCAGUCUGCAGUGGAUGUGACACUUGAUCCUGAUACAGCACAUCCUAAACUCAUCCUGUCUGAUGAUGGAAAACAAGUUAAACGUGGAGAUGUAAAGAAGAAUCUCCCAGACAAUCCAGAGAGAUUUAAUCGUUGUGCUGUUGUUUUAGGAAAGCAGAGUUUCUCUUCAGGUAGAUUUUACUACGAGGUUCAGGUUAAAGGGAAGACUGACUGGGAUUUAGGAGUGGUGAGAGAGUCCAUCAACAGGAAGGGAAACAUCUCAGCGUCUCCUCAGAAUGGUUACUGGGCGAUACGGUUGUGGAAUAAGAAUAAUUACUCUGCUCUUGCUGACCCUCCAGUCAGUCUCUCUCUGGAGCCCCGGCCUGAGAAGGUGGGGGUGUUUGUGGAUUAUGAGGAGGGUCUGGUCUCCUUUUAUGACGUUGGUGCUGCAGCUCUGAUCUACUCCUUUACUGGCUGCUGCUUCACUGAGAAACUCUACCCAUACUUUAGUCUCAAUAGACCCUUCAAUACAAAGCUAAUUAGGUUUGUAAAUAAUAUUUUUGACUCUGCUCCUCUGAUCAUCUCUGCUGUCAAUCACACUGAGUAGAACAAACAUUUGUUCU